AUGUGGAGCCUCAUGUCAGUAUCAUGUCAAUAGUGAAGCCAAAGAUGGCGUCGCAGGAACCGACCCCUCAAGCACCUUCGGCGACUUUGGGAGAGAUUUCGCCUCAUUUUGACGAACUAUUGCGAGAUGUUACCGAUGCACUAACUGCUGAAGAACUCAAAGAUGUUGUUGCAUCCAUAAAGAACACCCUAGAAGUAAAUUCUCAGGCUAAAACAGACCAAGAUUUGUAUUCCCAUCUCCGACUGUUUGCAACUCAAAAAAUUUUGUCUGAGGAAAAUUUAACCUUGCUGGAGAGAUUUGUUGCUUGUAAAUCAUCAAAGAAGGAGGGUAUCACAAAGAGAAUCGAAAAAUUCAAGAAAAACCAUCUCCAGAGCGGUGAGCCAAAGGUAUCAGGACAAGCAAUAAAAGGUAGAGACCUCGAUUUGAAUUUAAUCAUGGCCAAACUGACCGGAGCGAAGGAAAUCGUCAAUUUAUAUGGCUCCGGUGGUGUGGGAAAGACAACCCUGGGAAAAGAAAUUUCUCUGCGGUGGCCAGGACAGUCCAUCUUUGUUGACAUGAGGGAGGUUGCGGAGAUGAAAGACGUUUACUUUCAAAUUAUGAUGGCACUGGACACGAAAAGGACAGUUUUAACUUACGACGAAAAUCCAGUCAUCAACCAACUUCGAAAACUGAGGAAGGAAAGUCCAGGCGAUGUUUUGUUACUCCUGGACAAUGUGGAUAAUUUUUCUGGUGGAAAUGGCGAUCUUUUGAAGACCCUGAACGAUAAGAUGGUUAAACUGCUACAAACGCUUAUCAAAGACAAAGAUAGGAACGCGAAGGACGAUGAGGGAAUCGCUAGAUUGAAAGUAGCUUUGAUAUCCAGGACACGUUUCCAAGGGCUUACCCCCUGCGAAAGCGACUACUAUGAAGUGAAAGCUUUAGAGAAAGGGUUCUCGCAAGAGUUGAUUCUUCAAAAGGCAGGAGAAUUAUCUGUCUUACAGAUGGGAAAAAUUGAGAAAAUUGUGGACAUGUGUAAAGGGUACCCACUUCUUCUAAAUGGCAUGGCGGCCACUCUUCGGCAAAAGAUAGCAGCUGGUGAGAAGUUUCUUAGAAUGGUUGAAGACGAACUGACGACAUCGGAGACUGACGAAGGUGAAACUUUCCUCUCACCAGUACAGAAUCAGCAGGAAAGAGAAGCGUGGCAAAGUCUCAGUAAGGAGAUUGGUGAAGAAAAGCUCUCUUGUCUAAGAAAGAUGUUCUUUUUCCUUCCAACCAUCAACCUUAGAUCAUCUGCCGUGGCAUUAUCGCUGUUUUGCUAUCCAUUCUCUGAGGAAGCCGCUGCUUCUGUCCUUGGUGUAGAGUCUUCUGAAGCAGUCAUUGUACUAGAAGGUUUGAGAAGUAGCGCGGUGUUAUCAGUGGAUCCUGAUGCAAAGGAGCUCCUUUAUGAUAUUCAUCCCUUGAUGCGUAGCUUCCUGAGAAGUAUAGGAAAUACCGGUAGUCCAGUAUUCAGAAAGGCCUACGACGCAGCCAAAGAUAGGUUUCGCGAGCUUUACUUUUCAAAAAUGAUAUCUAUCGCGGCAUUGCUGGAUAAAGACUACGUAAGUGCAUUUGAGUAUUUUGACCAUAACAAGCUUAACUUUGAGUUGGCUUUAGACCUCCCCUUCAAAGCGGAAAAUUUUCAUCGUUUGAAAGAACAUCAUGAAAGGGCCAUUAUCUACCACCUUUUUGAAGCAAUGCUUGACAACAAACAGAGAGAGAAGAUUUUCAAAUCGUGGACAGAAGCAACGGAAGAGGACGGAAGAGAAGGUUCCAUCUUUCGCAUGGAAGUGAGAUCCCACGAGGCAAUGCAAGCUCUUGAAAUCUAUGGAUGGAAGAGGGCAACUGAAAUCUUGAAACUCGCAGAGGAGUCCUCUCUGAAAGUAGAUAAGGAGAUAAAGAACCAAGAUCCUUACAAAUUUGCUUUUGCUACUUACCUGUACGUCAAAGGCGAGAUUUCUUACAAAAAAGGAAGUGUACCGGAAGCGCUCAGAAGUUUGCGUUUUUCACUUGAUUUGAUGGAAGACCUCGUCGGAAACCACACAAGUACCACGAAAUGUUUAAAUGCGAUUGGAAACUGCUACAAUGAGCUUCGAAACUUUCACGAUGCGAUGAAAUUUUACACAAGGGCUUAUGAAAUGAGAAAAGCUCUUUCAGCUUCAAAUAACCAUCUGGAUUUGCCAUUUUUUAUCGGCCAGAGAGGUACGGUUUACGAAAUGCAAAAAGAAUAUGACAAGGCCAUCACGUGUUACGAAGAAGCUCUGAAACUUUCCAAGCAACUAAAACGCUCGGGAAUCUUGCGCUUGGCACUUUAUCACAGAAACAUCGCCAACGCUUACGCAUGGAAAAAUGAAUUUGAGAAAGCUUACAAGUCAGCAAUGGAUGCAUUAGAGAUAAGACGAGACAUAUUAGGUGACCAUCCCGACACGGCGAGGAGUGCAUUUCAGGUUGGACAGAUCUGCAGAAAUUUAGACCAAUCAGGCGAAGCUGAAGAAUUCUUAGAAGAGGCAUGGAGAAUUGAGAAAUCCUUGGAGAUGGGAAACCACAGUGCAGUGAGAGAUCGCAUUAUACAGAGCUACGAGAAAGUCCUUAAGAGCGGCAGGCGAAACGAGUUCCAGAAAGAGGCCUUGGAAUUUUAUGAAAGGCUGUGGCAAGAAGACAAAGAAUUUUCCUACGCUAAGAAGAGUAUCAUCGAUCAGAUCAUCGAGCGGCUCAAUAGGUCUGAAGACCGAAAAAUGAUAAGCAAAUACAGGAAGGAGGCUCUGGAGUUUUAUGUAAUGGCUUGGAAUUCGCCAGAUCUGCAGCAACUCCCACGAAACCAGCGUGAAGAAAUCUUGCAAAUUAUUUUGUACUUAAGUAAAGUACUUCGUGAGAAGGAACUGCACAAGAAAUUCCAAGGCGAGAAAUUUGAAUUCUUUGAAAAGCAAUGGGAAGAGAGAACUGUCAUGUCUGCUCAGGACCAAAAAGACAUUCUUUGUACUCUUCAAGGCUUAGCCACACAACUGGGUGAUGAAGGAAAGAGUGAGAAAUACCAGAAACUAUACGAGGAAUGCGAGAAAGGGAAAAAUUCUCAACCGUCUAUGCAGUUGAAGAUUGUUCCAGGAUCGGAGUUGAAGCCGAGUAGCAUCUCAUAUGGUGUUGACCACCCUGCAGCAAUUCCUGAAAAGUCUGCUAGAGAAGAAGAGCAUUCAAUUCGGGGAGAAAACACAAGUAUUGUGUUCCAGAAAAAGAGAGAGAAAACGUACACUGAAAGCAAGCACACGGCUGUAAGCACUGUGGAAGAAUCAUCCGCUGACCGCCAGUUACCUGCAAAACAGAAAGAGGAAGAAACAGCUGUGCACACCGAGAGUGAUUUACUCAAGGAAAAAGACCUCUCCACGUCACAGGGUGAUUUUCCAAACAACCCUAAGGAUAUUCAAGGAAGGGAAAAUAGUAACAGAGGAUCUGGGAUCAUCACCAGCAAAGGUGGCAAAGUCACAGCAAAUGAUGUACAGCUCUUAUGCCCAUCCGGAGCUGUUGACAAUCCAGUGUCAGUAAAGAUAACUUUGGAGGACCCUGAAAGGUACUAUGGCUUAGUGGUGCAAAGAGGGCUUGAAAAUGACAUCAUAUUUGGCGCACCAAUAAUCAAUCUCUUGCCGAACGGCCAUUUGUUUAAGAAGCCAAUAACAUUAACAUCCAGGGUUAAGAUCAGUCAAAGAGGUUCUAAUUUUCAUGAUGUCCUGGUGUUACAUGGGACCGAGGCCAAGGAUGGAACGAUUUCCUGGCGGGACAUCACCCAAAACUCCACUAUAAAUGUGCCAGAAGAUGCAGUGGUCACUAACCUCGACCGAUUCUCCAAAAUUGCUUAUCUGCUGACAUUGACUCGGAUGAGUGCCAAAGAGAUUGUGUCACGACUCAAUCUGAUGCCAUUUAAGUACUCAGUAUCAGCUUUCUUCAGAAAGACUCCCACAGAGCUUGCUUUGGCAUUCAUGAGUGAAGACAUCUUCCACGAACCAUGCUACAAAGAACACGAAUCCUCUGCCUUCGUGCAACUGAAAAAUGACGGAUACCAACUGCUGAGCGCGCGUUCCAGUGGCGAGCAUUCCGAGAAGAGUAUAUAUAACUGUGAACAACUUCAAAUCUCUGUUGAUCUCGCGGAAGACUACCAGGUGCUUGGCAAGCAGACGGCAUGUGUUACUGUAGAAACUCCUGUCUGGUGGAGUACUGGAGAAAAAAUCAAAUUCCCACUGCGGGCAAUCAAUGAUCACGGGAUAUUAUCCGGAACAAUAAAAGUACAAGGUCAAUAUGGGCACUUCAAGGAGUGCCAGUUCACCGAAGAAGAUCUACUUGGCUAUGUCAAACGGUUGUUGGGGGUCGAGGAAGAAAUUUUCAACCUUAUUCCCGUUCUAGCCCAAAAGCUUCAGAUUCCCGACGCCCAUGUUGUUUCUAAGGACGUCGUCCAGCAUUGGGAAGAUGAGGACGUCCAAUUAGAGAUACUCUUACAACCCUGGAUUGGGACUGAGUCAGCUAAUGCUAUGGCUAAUUUGAAAACACUUCUAUCGGAUGUAAAGGAGGAAGACUAUAAAGUGACAAAAAGAGGCCAAAUGCACAUUAGAAACUUGAGAGAGCUUGCAGCGAAGAUCGCGGAAUUACAAGUCCACGAUGCUAGUUUGAUGAAGUUUUUCAUCGGAAAAAUUCAAACUCUUUGCAAAGCAAUGGUGAGAGAUUGUUGCAUUCAAGUAGAGAAUUCAAGUGAAGACAUCGAUAGAGCAUCGUCAUCCGAUAACUGUGCAAAGCACCUUGAACUUCGACAAAAGAUUACCAAAAGAACAGCUAUAAAGUACCAACGAUUGAUCUCAUUGAAUGAUGAAUCAGUCGUGAAAAUGUUUACUGAGAUUGUUCCUGAUCUCAUUCAAGACGUGAAAGCCAUAUUUUGCGUGAAUAUAAUUCCUCCUGCACUAAAUGGUCUCAGAGGAAUAGACGAGAAAACUCUGGAGCCAAUGGCGUCCAACGUUCGAGAAUCUCAAGAAAAUAACAAAAUCAGAAAGCUUGUUUGUCAUGUCUGCAAGAUUGUGGAAAAGCUUUGCGAGAUAAACUGUAACAGCAACAACCCACCUGAACGGAUUCGAAAGUUGGGCCAAAGUCUAGCGAUUCUACCCAUGCUGGACUUAUUACAGUCAUUUUUCUUAGAAUGUGCAGAGGAAAUUCGGUUGCACAAACGGUUGGAAUUGCUCUCGGUUUGCAUAAGAGAUAUAAUGUCCGAUGAAAUAGAAGUCGACGAGGCGAUUAUGCGUGAUUUUUUUGACCUCUCGGCUAGUCUAAUACAAUUUGCGAGAUUUGAUCCAGCCAGAAUGGUGACAUUCGAGCUGAGUGACUCGAACGAUUCAUCUGUACAGUGCCGAAGGGGAAGCCUAACGUACAUAAAGGAAAGUGACACGUACUAUCAGGAAUUCUUCGUUGAAAAAGAAACGGGGCAAGAUCUGCUGCUCAAUGCAGUCGCAACCAUCAAUGUUGAAGGAAGAGUUCUCAAAAUAGGUACCGGUGCAUUCAAGUCAAUUAUCAUACUUCCGGCAUCUGUGGAGGAAACGUUCGACCAAUGCUGUACUUCAUUUAGUUCUAUAGCUACUGUUCGCGUGAGGAAGCUGAAGGAUCAGAACUCCUCCAACAUUAGAGUGGUUCUUUCUUCUACAGUGGAGAAGAUCCUAUCAGGGUUGCUCGCUGCGCUCAAACAAGAACUAAAGGAUGAAGUGGAUUGGAAAGGGUCAGAGGUUGUCCCUUGCAAACUCACGAUGAGCACCCCUGCUACAGAACCUCCAAAAACGAGUGUUUACCUUCGCUUGGUUUACAAAUGGAAAUCCGCGGCACUUUGUCUUGAAAGUCAAGACUUUUACAUUGAUGCUCCCUUGAAUACCGACAGCACUUGUGGAAUGGGUGUUUUGAUAGAUGGACAAGCGGCUCUUGCAUCAUUUACUGAACAUAAUCUCGUGCAGUUUUCAGCUGAACAGCGGUCGCAGAUACAAGUUCCUUUGCAAAUUAAAAUAGAGCAUCAUCAACACGUUCAUCAAGUACAAAACAUCCAAGACGUAAACAUAAACACUGAAUGCUGCGCAGUCGGAGACCAGGCUUCCUUUUCCAUUCAGAAACCAUCAACUAGCCCAAGUGCACUUCCACCAGGUCCGAGUACAGCUACACAGAGAAGCAUAACUGACAGCUCGCAGCACAUAGGCACAAACUCUUCUGGAGAAUAAAAAAUACCCGCUGUAGGAAAGAACUCAUAGUCUGGAAUUCAAUUCUCACGUUGUUAUGAUUAAUAACACUUCAAUCUUUAUUUCUCUGCAUUUUGAAACUAAACGGAUUUUAAGGUAGCGUCUUUAAUGUUCGGACAUUAUUCUUUAUUGUUAGAAUAUUACCAAACUGUAAUCAUAAGUGAUUGUUUUUGUUUUGUUCUUUUGUUUAUUUUUGAGUGGAGAGAAUUUAAAAAUAACAUCUAAUUCCUCUCUCCUCUUCUUGCCGAAUGCAACAGAACUAUUCACGCAUAACUUUUUAACAGCAUCUCAGAGAAGGCCCUUAACCUUUUACCUCCCAUGAGUGACCAAGAGAGAAUUUCUCCUUACAAUAUCAAUACAAUAUCGAGCAUAGAAGUGACGAGAAUAAAGAAAGAUAUCAAUUCGGGGAUUAUUAGUUGAUCCAAUACCAAAUUCUCCAAGUUGACAUCAUAAUAAUUGUAUGACAGACAUUAAGGAGAAUUACUAAUGAGAUCUUGGGAGUUAAAGGGUUAAGGCCUGUGUAGGUUUUCCACGUAAGAACAAUUGCGAAAUAGUGAGGACUCCUCUUAGACUUUCUUACACACGUCUAAGAAAGCUUCUGUUAAGCAAAGAGAAAAUUGUAAUAAUUUAAAUGAUAAUACAAAUCUCAUGCAAGUGAUGAUCUCUGGAAAAUCUUCCCUGACUUUUGA